AUGAGGUGUGUUCGUCAGCUCUGUGUGCUGGGGGUGAUGAUGCUGUGCUCGGGGCUGUGGGUCCACUGCGAAACCCCUCUGAGCGGAGCUUAUCUGGACGGAGACGUUAACUGUGCAAUUCUGAGUUCAAUUCACACUAGAGUAAUCGACCUUCAUAAACGAACUAAACCACAGCCGUUCGUUUGUACUGGAUUUGAUCUGACCACAUUUCUACAAUCACUGAGUGCCAUCCACACAAUUGAAGAAAUCAAUAACUCUACAUUGCUUCCGGGGAUCAAGCUGGGAUAUGAAGUCUGUGAUCCUUGUGCGUCUCCCACCAAAGCCCUGCACUGUGUGGAACAUCUACUGGCCAUUAACGGAUCUCUGCCGGCCCUUGUGGACUACACAGACUUCCGUCCACCAGUGAAAGCUCUUCUGGGAGAGAGAUACUCAGAGUUAUCCAUCGCCAUCGCCAAGCUCCUCAGCCUCUACCUGCAUCCUCAGAUCAGCUGCUCGUCCUCUUCUCCUGUCCUGAGUGACAAACUGCGGUAUCCGUCCUUCAUGCGUGUGAUUCCCAGCGACGUCUACCAAGCUAAGGCUGUGGUCAAUCUCAUGUCUCAUUUCUCCUGGAACUGGGUUGGUGUGGUGUAUGGAGAUGAUGACUACGGUCAAGCGGCCUACCAAAGCUUCAUGCAAGAGUCCCAGGGAAAAAUAUGUGCUGACUUUGAGAAGGUGGUUCCACACUACUUGGACCACAUCGAUAUCGAUAAGCACAUCAAAGAUGUUGCUCAAAGUAUACGAAAAUCUGAAGCCAAGGUUGUGCUGCUCAUUCUGAAGCCACAGCUGGUGGAGAAACUCUUCACGGAGAUGAUCCAAACCAACACAAGCAGAAUCUGGAUCGCGAGCGACGCCUGGUCCAUGAACCGCUACUUAACAAAGAUGAAAGACAUCAACAAAGUGGGCAAAAUCUUUGGCUUUUCCUUUUCCAUGGGAAUUAUACCAGGGUUCGAAGACUACUUGAAAAACCUCAGGCCAACGCCAGGAGCAAGAAAUGACUUCAUAGAGGAGUACAAGCAGCUGAGACUGAACUGCUCCCUGUCGGCCUCCACCUGUGCCGUAGAUGACCUGCUGCAGGCGGUGGACCUGAGAGAGGCCUACAGAGAGAGAGUGGCCAUGUAUGCUUUCGCUCAUGGGCUCAGGGCGCUGCUGACGUGCAACGAGUCCGUCUGCUCUGGGGAUACCAACUUCCCUCCUUGGCAGCUAGUGGAAAGUAUGCGCAAUGUGAAUUUCACCCUUGAUGGCAACAGAUAUUCUUUUGAUGAAAACGGUGACUUUGCGGAUGGUUACGACCUCAUCAUGUGGAGGGAAAAUAAUGAUGAACGCUUUAUUGAAAUUGUGGGAAAAUUCCUCUCGAAAAGUGGAGACAUCGAGAUCCUCAGCCAAUUCCAGUGGAUAAAUCACACACUGCCCUGGUCCAAGUGCUCAGAGUCUUGUCCUCCUGGCUCUGUGAAGAACCAGUCCAAGAUCCCCUGCUGCUACAACUGUGUUCCUUGUGGUGAAGGAAAUUACACGGAUGACUGGGAUCUACCUGAAUGUCUGAAAUGUCCCCGUGGAUUGUGGUCUAAUUCGGGAGACCGUGAAUGCAGGAUAUUCGAGGAGAAGUAUCUGGAUUGGAAGGACAGUUAUCCCAUAGCUCUGUUAGCAGCUACAGCGAUAGGCUUAGUUCUAGUGUUGACAUCACUCAUCAUUUUCUUUGUGCACAGAAACACAGUAGUGAUCAAAAAGGCUGACAAUGCAAUGUCUUGUUUCAUGUUACUGGGCUUGGCGGUCAGCUUCAUCAGUGUAAUCAUGUUCAUCAGCAGGCCAAACCCACAUCUGUGUCGGGCACAGCAGGCCGUGUACGGUCUUGGUUUCACUCUGUGUGUUUCAUGCAUCCUGGUUAAAGCCUACCGCACGUUUCUGGCUUUCAUGGCUUUUGAUCCACACAGGCAGCAUAACUUAAGAAAACUCUACAAGCCUCUUAUCAAUUUGGUCGUGCUAACUGGUGGCCAAGGUAUCAUCCUAUUGUUCUGGCUGAUUUUCAAGUCUCCUUUCCCAGAUUUAAAGUGGCCGGGAACUGGCAUGGUAAAAUACGUUGUCUGUGACGAGGGCUCCAUUGUAGGUUUUGGGGUGAUGCAUGGUUACAUAGCUCUAUUGGCCUUCAUUUGUUUCUUUCUUGCUUUCAAGGGUAGAAAAGUCCCCCAUGAUUUCAACGAGACUGGUGUCAUCAUCUUUAGUAUGUUGAUUCAUCUGUUUGUCUGGCUUUGCUUUAUUCCCAUUUAUAUUGAAAGAAACCAGACAGAGCAGCGGCACAUUGUUCAAGCUUCAGCCAUCCUGGCCUCCAACUAUGGCAUAAUGUUUUGUCAUUUUGUCCCAAAGUGCUACAUAGUCCUGUGGGAGCUGUCCGAGAACUCAAGGGCCUCGGUCAUAGGCAGGUUGGCUAGAUGUGUUAAUGAUGACAUGGCCAAUGCAAACAUCACUGUAUUAAAUGCGGCGAGUCGAAUCACUCCAGACUCAGGCAUCUUCUGCCAUGGUGUAGGAACAUCGGUGGUAGAGAUUAGCACAGUUUCUAGAGAUGUUUCCAGAACUACAAGGCCUGUGGACUUUACAGACCUAGCAGUGCCCCGCCAUGCCAAAUUGAGACAAAGACACACCACUCACUAG